AUGAUCAACCCUGUCUACAUCAAGGGAAAAAGUCCUGUUUGGAGAUUGGGUGACCAGAAAGUGGUUGCAUGGAAAACAGACCUACCAGUCUUCAACGUAUCAAUAUGGCAGCAGAGUCCAUUGGGGGGAAGCGCCUACAGUCGAGGCAACGUAUACGCCCAAAUCAACGAAAAGGAUCCUGUGUCCAACUUCACCUGGACUGUGCAACUCUACGGCUUCGAUCUGGAUUAUUCACCCACGUUUUUCUUCUGGGUCAACCCGUCUGGACCAAGCGGUUUCCCCUCGGCCUAUUUCAACAUAACGAGAAGAUCAUCGACUGAAACGACUACCGCUUCAAUAUCGUCCCCAACAAUCCCACUCAAUUCAACUUUGGCAUCAUCGUCAGAUUCUUCUAAUACUGCCGCCAGCCCGACCGACCAACCCCCAGGACUCACAAUGACAGCAAAACUUGCACUCGGACUCGGAGUUGGGAUAGGCGUCCCUAUACUAGUCACAAUGGCUGCACUGGUCUGGCUGAGAGCUAGGCAAUUGAAAGCAAGCCACCAGGCUGCAGCUAGCAUGGUAGCUUCUCAUGGGACGGAAAUGCAACAACAGCAAGGUUCAAGCAUGCAUAUAAGUGAGAUACAUGGUACCGACCCGACUGGUUUCUGUCAGGAGUUGCCUCAGGUUGCUAGUGGGAAACCACUUCGGCCUGAAUUACCGGAUCAGCGUUAUGAUUGA